GUGUGUGUGUCUCUCACACUGUUCCCUUCUCCUUCGUAUCCAUGUUCAUAUUCAUAUUCACAUAUUCAUGUCACUCUGCUCUCAUUGCUCUUUUCUUUUCUCUUUCUCCAGACAAGGAAUCAAUUACCCUGUUCACGUUUUCUCACAAACGCAAAAAAGCCUACAAACCAAGCAAAUCAUCAUCUUUUUCACCUUCCCUCAAUCAUGCCCCUGUCAUAGCUUAACACAACACAACACAACUCAACUCUCAUCAUCAUCAUCAUUCUACACCACCUAGCUUCCAUGGCAGCUUUUCAACCUUCCCACACCUAAAACAAAACCCAAACACCUACCCCACCAUACUUUACUCCCUGUUCCUCACUCUCCCAUCUCAUCAUCAUUCCCUUUCGCCCGUGCUGUUCCAAUUUAAUUGCGCACCCAACAUGUACGCCCUCGACAUUUCACACACCAACGCUAAAAAAAACCCCUCCUUCUCCUCCUCUCUUCUCGACACCAUCUACCGCUCCAUCGACCGAGGAGACACCACCGCCAACGACAUGAAACUCCGCACCCAGACAAUGAUCAAGAAACAGAGCAGAAUCCUCGUCCAUGAAGAGUUAACCGCGUCGACCAUUCCCCGUUCUUGUUUAGUGCAAAAAUGGAAGGGAAGCGACAAAACGGUGAAAGCGCAGAUGGAGGAGAGAAAACCAAUAUCGCGUUUGCAUGAUCACGAUCACGACCGGGAGGUGAUGUUCUUCAGUUCUACUUCGAGUUGCUCGGAUUCAAGCUCUGGAUUGCUGUCCUCCUCCGACACUGAAUCCCUGUACGGAUCGAGGUCGCGAGUUUCGUGUUUUGCUCCUUCGAGACCGAAGCCAUUGAUGACGUCCGCGAGCAAUGAAGAGCGUCUGAUAAAGUCAAAAUCGAGGGCGUUGAAGAUGUACAACAAUCUGAAGAAAGUGAAGCAACCCAUCUCUCCGGGGGGGAGGCUGAGUACUUUUCUUAACUCUCUGUUGGGGAACGGGAAGAAAGCCAAAACCUUGGAGGAAGCAAAACCCAAGUCGGUACAAGAAUCCACGUGUUCCUCUGCCUCCUCGUUCUCACGCUCUUGUUUGAGCAAGGCUUCGCCUUCCUCGAACAAAUUGCGCGACGGGGUUAAGCGAACGGUGCGCUUUUACCCCGUGAGCGUGAUCGUGGACGAGGAUUGUCGACCGUGCGGGCACAAGUGUUUGUACGAAGAAGACACCACGCGCGUAAUGGCGGUGUCUGUGCCAACGGCGUGGAAAAUUGGACGCAACAAGAACGAAGAAGAGGAAAAGGUUGUGGAUAAGAGCAGACGCGUGGAGGAGGCCGCAAGAGAGUUUCUGAAAGAGUACCACCGAAGUCAGAAAAGGAGCAACUUCAUUAAUUUCCGGGAUUUUCCCAAUAAUGUGGCGGAAGAUAAAGACGAAGAUGAAGACGAUGAUGAUACAGAUGAUGAUGACGACGCAGCUAGUUAUUCAAGUUCGGAUCUUUUCGAGCUCGAUCACCUUUCAGUGAUGGGAAACAAUAGGUAUCGUGAGGAGCUUCCUGUGUACGAGACUACACAUGUUAGUACCAAUCGCGCCAUUGCCAAUGGCCUCGUAUAAUGUAGUUUCCGUCCAUUACAAUCCUAGUUUCAUAAUAAAACUACACAGAUUACAUAUAUAUUACAAUCAUUUUUUUCUUUCGUUCACCAUCAUCGCUCAAAAUCAAUGUAUCAUCAUCAUCAUCAUCAUCUUCAUGAGUGUUUGUCUAUGCAAGACGAAAUGUUCUAGUUUGAA